UGAGCUGCACAGUGGGCAAGUUCCUGUCCUGAGUCUUGCUUUCCCUCUCUCGAAAGUAGCUUGGGGAGAAACGCACUGUAGAUCUACAUGACAAUGUCUUCUGUUAAGACUGAAUGUAUUUUGCUGGAGAACUGCCGGUGUGGGGAAUCCCCUGUGUGGGAGGAAGCAACCAACUCCCUGCUUUUUGUGGAUAUUCCUGCAAAAAAGGUUUGCCGGUGGGAUUCAUUCAGCAAGCAAGUGCAGCGAAUAACUGUGGAUGCUCCGGUCAGCAAUGUGGCCCUGCGCCAGUCUGGAGGCUAUGUCGCCACCAUUGGUACAAAGUUCUGUGCCUUGAACUGGGAAGAACAGGAGGUGGUCACCCUGGCCAUCGUAGAUAAAGACAAGAAAAACAAUCGAUUCAAUGAUGGAAAAGUAGACCCUGCUGGGAGAUACAUUGCUGGCACCAUGGCUGAGGAAAUAGCCCCGGCAGUUCUGGAACGUCACCAAGGGUCUCUGUACUCUCUCUUUCCUGACCACCAUGUAGAAAAGUACUUUGACCAGGUGGAUAUCUCCAAUGGCUUGGAUUGGUCCCUUGACCACAAGAACUUCUACUACAUCGAUAGCCUGUCCUACUCUGUAGAUGCCUUUGACUAUGACCUACAGACAGGAAAGAUCACCAACCGCAGAAGCAUAUAUGUGAUGGAGAAAGAGGAACAAAUCCCAGAUGGGAUGUGUAUUGAUAUCGAGGGGAAGCUCUGGGUGGCCUGUUACAAUGGAGGAAGAGUGAUUCGUUUAGAUCCUGAGACGGGGAAAAGACUCCAGACUGUGAAGUUGCCUGUUGAUAAAACAACCUCAUGCUGCUUUGGAGGAAAGGAUUACUCAGAACUGUAUGUGACCACUGCCAGAGAUGGAAUGACCCCUGAGGACCUUGUGAAGCAACCAGAAGCUGGUGGAAUUUUCAAGAUAACUGGCCUAGGGGUCAAAGGGAUUCCUCCCUAUGCCUAUGCAGGUUGAAUAACAGGCCUUCUUUCCUGCUGUAAAACAGAAGUUCUUACUGGGGAUUUUUGAAAGAAAUUAGAAAUUUCUGGUUCUGAAAUUUUAAUCUAAUUACCAAGAAAUGACAUAAUGACAUGGUUAACACACAAUUAUAUUUUUAUUUACAAUUUUCUAAGUUAAUAUGAGACUUUUACAACUGUCAAUCAUUCUCUUGAUUCAUUGCAAAUUGCUACUCCUUAUUCUGUUUCAUUUUAACUAAACCUAUUGUUUAAAAAAUAAAUAGUUCAUGACA